UCACAGUUUGGAGCGGACCGGCGCCAUGUCCUCGGCCUCCUGGGUGAACUCGGCGACGGCGGGGCCCCCCCCCCACCCGGGGAUGAUCGCCCCCUCUGGACGCCGAGGGAAGCUCAUCUACACCCCGAUGCUCCGGAUGGACCAGGCCUCCGGACGCAGCCAGCCGAUGUGGAGCGACGGCAGCGCCAGCCUCCCCGCCGCCUCCCGGGCCGCCGCGGGCUGGUACCCCGGUCAGACCCGGACCCUCGGUAGCGUCAGGAUGCCCCCCGUCAGCCACAGCUACCUGGAGAAAGGGAGCGCAGACAGCCUGGUGGAGUCGAUCCUGAUCUCCGAGGGUCUCGGAGUCUACGCCCGGGACCCGAAGUUCGUGAACUUUGCGAAGCGUGAGAUCGCGGAGGCGUGUCACCUGAGUCUGGACGACAUGGAGAGCGCGGCGUCCGACCUCAUCGCCCGCGGAGCCAGCCAGUCCAUCUCUCGCUUCGAGGACGAGCUGGCCGACGAGAUGAACUGCGUGAUCUCUUACUGAGGUCCGUAAAAAAACUGCAUUAACAGUGAGAGGAAGUAAGGAGAGAGGAUUGUGAAGGGAGGAAGUGUUAUUUAAACCUGCUGUGGAAAGAGAGAGAGAAACGUGUGUGAUUUUCUUUUUGUCUGAAGUUCAAAUGUUGUGUUUUUUUUGUAAAUGCCAAAACACACACUAACACACACCCUGAUUUUAAGAGCAGUAUGUGGCAGGACUGCGUUGUUUUGCUGCAGAAAACUGGACUUCUUUUUUGCAUUGUGUUCUCAUUUUAUACUGUACAUGAACUGUUGUCCCUUUAUACUCCUGUACAAACUGUAAAAAUAGAAAAUAUGACAUCAAUAAAAUGUUUAUAAUUUAUUAAACGAAUAACGAUACGCGAGUGCCCAACAGCAUUCGCUAUUUUAGAGAAGUAUUUAAAUAUAUAAAACAUAUUGAAUAUCCUCUUUUAAGAAACAUGAAAACUAAUAGAAGCAUUUUUGAUUUUUGUGACUUUAAAUAAAGCAUCAUGUUUUCUCAA